AUGUUGGCCCAGUCAAGCUACGCACAACCUGUAUUCAUGUCUUUCGCUGACGAUGGCGUUAUCUCCCCGCCUAUAACGAACACGAGCGACAGCAGUUCAUGGCCUUCGCCGUCUGACCCAGGCUAUCCCACGCCAGACAACAAUCAAGACACUGAAAGUCAGGUCUACCAACAUCCUGCAGCGGAAUCGGCGCGUCAGGUAGCCUUCAGUGUGUCCGCUCUGCAGGAAGCUGCCAUGCCAAAGCGCAAAGGUCGGAGGUAUCACGCUCAGAGACAACAACACGGCACCACGAGCGAGCACCUGCCUUGUGCGACACAAAAGACCCCGUCUUCUUCCAGUCAUCAGAAACCCGAGGAAAGAUUCCCCUGCACUGUAUGUGUCAAGGCUUUCAAGAACCCUUCGGAGUGGAAGAGACAUGAGGCUAGUGUGCAUGGCUACAACGAUCGAGAGUGGGUUUGCGUGUUGACGGACACAUUCAAGCUGCAGUCUGAAUGUGUCUUCUGCUCGGAGCCAAUGGACACGGUCGAUCAUUGUGACAAGCAUUCUAUCACUCCCUGUUCGAGCAAGUGCACCGCCGAACGUAGUUUUCCUCGCAAGGAUCUCCUUAAACAGCAUGUCUUACUUGCGCAUCUCGCGGAUGCACCUCCGCCAAUCAAGAAGGGGUUUGAGGUACCCAAGGAAUGGUCAAGAGGUUUGGAUGUCUCGCCUGGUGGACCUGGCUCACGCUGGUGUGGGUUUUGCGGAUGCAUGAUUGAGACUACCGCGAAGAGGAUGGAACACGUCGCGCAACACUUUCGCGAAGGUCAGAACAUGACGAGUUGGAUUCGGAUGUAA